AUGAAUCUCCGUCUGCUAAGUCUCGCCUUUGUCGGCCUCGUCACGGCUAGGCCAAUGAAUUUGACCACCCGUCAAUUUGAUCUGGGUAACGAUCUCCGCACAGGCGCAUGCAAACCUAUCACCUUGAUAUUUGCCCGUGCGACGACCGAACCCGGCCUCCUCGGCAUUUCGACUGGUCCCGCCGUAUGCACUGAUCUCCAACUAGCAAGACCCGGCCAAGUCGCCUGCCAAGGCGUUGGACCUGCAUACAAGGCAGAUCUUCCCUCGAAUGCACUCCCGGGGAAUACCUCUCCUGCAGCGAUCAACGAGGCCGUGGGUCUAUUCAACGAAGCCGCGACCAAGUGUCCCGAGACGCAGAUUGUAGCGGGCGGUUAUAGCCAAGGCACUGCUGUCAUUGCUGAUUCUAUCACGAAGCUCUCGCAGAGCGUCAAGGAUAAAAUCAAGGGCGUUGUCUUAUUCGGAUAUACGCGUAAUGCGCAGGAGCAUGGCGGCAUUAACGGCUUUGACAAGAGCAAGGUGAAGGUGUACUGUGCUCCUGGGGAUUUGGUUUGUGAUGGGACGUUGAUUGUUGAUCCGGCUCAUUUCACGUACAUAGCUAAUACCGGAGAUGCGAGUCGAUUCUUAGAGUCAAAGUUGAGUACUUGA